UCCACUAUAUUAGCUUCGAUGUUAACUGUUCGAAAUGUAUGUUGCGAUUUUUAUUUGGAAAGGCCAAAUGAGAUGAAUCGACACAUCAACCAGUACGCAGCAAGGUUGCCUAUUCUUCGUAUAUUUGGUAUUAUGGAAUCGGGUCAGAAAUGCUGUGUUCAUAUUCAUGGUGUAUUUCCCUAUAUAAUUUUGAAAACUGGUAUUCCAUUCACCGGCCAUUUAGAAAAUAAGAUUCGUCGAAUAUUAUUUGCAUUGGUUGACGCCAAAAAUUCUAAGAUUUCAUAUGGCUUUCGAAGUGCUAUCCAUGCAAUUAUACCACUGGAAACCAAAUCAUUAUAUGGAUUUCAUCUUAGUAAUGAACAUUUCAUCAAAAUUCAGUUUUUUGAUCCAUUCUACGUUAAAUCGUUAGCCAUUUAUUAUUAUAAUAUUACAUUUUCAUUGUCUUGUAUUUUUCCUUUAUAA